AGUUAGCUUUAGCCCUCUCUUCAAUUUUAGUGAAGAAUUUGAGUCUACUUACCCUUAUUGCUGCUUUCCCAUCUUGUUUGCCAUCUUGUAUCUUGUAUCCACUUUUUGUAAACUGCAAACAUUUUUGUUUUGGAACACUUUUGAACCAAACCAGUUCAUGAUCUUCAGCUUAUCACAAGUUUGGUUGUUUCCUAUCUUUUAUUUGCCUAAGACCAGUGUGGCUUAUCCUCACUUGAACCUUUACAAAAAUUCACUUUAAGGACAUCUGGCACCAGCUGGAUAAUUUACAGUUUUACAAAACCAUUUGGGUCAGAAAAUUAAUAGUUUGAGGGCCUUAACAAAAACGAUGGACCAUACCAGUAGUGACUUCAUCAACAACAUAAAAUUCACUGAUUUUUGUGAUGUCUGUGAUAAAGUGAGAUCCAAAAAGGAAAAGAAGAUAAAAUCUGAAAUCUUAAGGCGGUACAUACUGUAUUUGCGUACAAAUUCCAAGGGAGGUAAUUUAUACCAAAUAAUUAGGUUGAUGUUACCAUAUUAUGAUCGGGACAGAGGCUCUUAUGGAAUUAAAGAAGAUAAAUUAGGGCACAUUUAUGUCAAAGUUCUGGAUCUAGCAAAAACAGGAAAAGAUGCUGUAGCGUUAUUGGAAUACAGGCAUCCAAACAGAUUUAAAUUUAAUCAAGCUGUCACAGAUUAUGCUGAUAUCGUGUAUGGAGUUAUGAAAUCUAGAAGCACUACACCUUCCAAUUUAACAAUCGCUGAUGUCAACAAAGCUUUGGAUGCCAUUGCUAAAUCUUUUGCAGAGAAAUCUUCAGAAGCAAAAUUGGAUGUGUUUUUUGAUACGUUUAUUGGCAAAAUGUCAGCUAAGGAACAAAAAUGGAUAAUACGCAUUAUUUUAAAAAGUAUGCACUUUGGAGUUGGCCACAAACAAAUGUUAUAUUUUAUACAUCCAGAUGCCUUCAAGUUCAUAAGCACUAAUUUUAGUUUACAAAAGCUGUGUUCAACUUUGGGAGAUCCAAACGUUCGCUAUAACGAAUUUAACAUCAAUCUAUUUGAAGCUUUUCGUCCGAUGCUUUCUUCAAAAUGUAACAUUGAAACUAUCAAUUUUUCCGGAGACCAUUUCAUUGAAACUAAACUGGAUGGUGAAAGAUACCAAAUUCAUUACUCAGAUGGGGAAUUCAAAUUUUUUUCAAGGAAUGGAUUUGAAGCAUCGACAUACAUUUAUGGAUCGAAUGUUUCUACUGGAUACUUUGCCGCUUCUUUAAAAGAACAAUUCAGCCCGCAUUUCACCAGUUUUAUAUUAGACGGUGAAAUGAUGGCAUGGCACAAAGUUAAAAAAUGUCUUAUAACUCAAGGCAAUUUCAGGGAUGUUGGAAAAGUGAAAGUUGGUGGUGAUGUUCAGCCUUGUUUCUUUCCUUUUGACAUUGUGUACUGCAAUGGUAAAGUGAUAACAAAUAAACCUCUUUUUGAACGAGUUGCAUUAUUAAAGCAGGUCUUUACUCCCAAAGAAGGUGUUAUAAUGGAAUUAAACCGAAUAUCAGUCAAAUCCAAUGAUGAAAUACUUGAUGCACUAAAUAAAGCAAUUGAAAAGCGCGAAGAAGGAAUUAUUGUAAAGGAAGUCAAUUCAAUAUAUAAACCAAAUGAAAGAUUUAGUGGGGGCUGGUAUAAAAUUAAACCAGAGUACACACAAGGUGCUCUUAUGGAGUUAGAUGUUUUAAUUAUUGGAGGUAACUUUGGUUCUGGUCAACUAAAGGGGACUGUGAGUCGAUUUUUGGUAGGAUUGGCAGCUUCAAAGGACAGUGAUGGUACUCCCAAUGAAUUUCAUUCGUUAACUAUGGUAUCAUCUGGGCUCACAUUUGAUGAGCUUGAUGAAGUACGAAGUAAAUUGAAUACACAUUGGAUUGCGAAAAAGAAACCACCGACAAUGAUUCAGUUUGGGCACACAACUCCAGAUGUGCACAUAGAUCCAAAGAAUUCCAUUAUUUUACAGGUUAAAGCAUCUCAAAUUAUCAAAAGUAGUAAAUUUAAAUGUGGAUUUUCGCUAAGGUUUCCAAGAGUAGAAAAAGUGCGUUUUGACAAGAGUUGGAAAGACUGUUUAACAUCAGAAGAAUUUUAUACCAUAUACAAUGAAACUGCAGGAAUGCUCACAUCAGGCCCGCUGAGUUCAAAGAGUGAACAUAAAACACGGAAACGAAAAAAUCUACAUGUUUUACCACAUUUCCAAAAGCCAAAUUUAAGAGGAGUAGAUGUUAUAGCAAACCUAUUUCAAAAUAAAAGGAUAAGUGUUACAACUGGUACCAAACAACACUCGAAAGCUGAUAUGGAAAAGUUAAUUUUUAAACAUGGAGGAAAAAUAGCUGCAAUGCCUGAUUCAAAAACAUUUUGUAUUGUUGUCGGUGAUAAUAAUGUCAGAACGAAAAAUUUCAUCUCAUCUAAAAAACAUAUUGUGACCAAUCACAUGUGGGUUUUGGAUUGUAUUCAAAAGAAUAAAUUAUUGCCUUGGGAGCCUGUAUAUCUAUUGGGCAUGACGCAGCUGUGUGAAAGUGACAUAAUGGAAAGGUUUGACAUUUAUGGCGAUGGCUAUUGGAAAUGUGCGACGAAAAAAAGCUUAGAUUUUUCCCUCAAUUGUCCUCAGAUGAUAAAAAGUUUGAAGAAACCUGUGUCACCUGAAGAUUUGAAUGAAAUGUUAGACUUGUUAUUAGACGAUGCAAACUUUUAUUCUUGUUUCAAAAACUGCUGCGCUUUCUUUGCCGAAGAUCAGGAGCAUUAUGAAAUGGGACAGAAUAUGGCCAACUUAUCGUUGAAAGAAGAAAUGUGCUGCUUCAAAUUCCUAUCUGGUACAAUUUCACAGGAAGUUAAUAUUGAAACGGACUACAUCGUUGUACAUAAACGGUACAAAAUCAACAACACAAAAUUAUUCGAUCUAAAAAUUAGAGGCUCUUUCUCAACAGUGAUUGUCAGUAAUGAAUGGCUCCAAAAAAGCUGGGAAGAGAAAAAAUGGCUGGAUCAUUCCCCGUAUAUCAUUACAGACUGCGAAGAUAUGGAUGUUAACUGAAUUGUGAAUCAUCUGCUAAUAAAUUAUUACUAUUUCA